CGCCUGAGCGCGCCGGGGCCAUGAGCUCCGCCCGGCCCCAGUUCAGCAUCGAUGACGCCUUCGACCUGUCCCUGGAGGAUGCGGGGCCCGGGCCCGAGACCAGCGCGGUCGCCCGCUUCGGGCCGCUGCACUUCGACCGCCGGGCCCGCUUCGAAGGCCCCGACGAGGAAAAGCAGUCGCGGCUGCGCUACCAGAACCUAGAGAAUGAUGAAGACAGCGCCCAGGCCACCCCGGAGCUGGAUGAGGGAGUCGGCACCAGGAACCAUGGCCCAACUUCCCUGCGCAGUUCUCAGUGGUCCUUCAGCACCAUCAGCAACAGCACCCAGCGCUCCUACAGGGCCUGCUGCAGCUGGAUUCAACACCCUCUGGUGCAGAAGAACCGCCGCAUCGUGCUGGCCUCCUUCCUUCUCCUGUUCCUUGGGCUGGUGCUGAUCCUGAUCGGCGUGGGACUGCAGGUGACCCCCGACCCAGGUGUCUCCAGCGCCUUGUUCUUCGUGCCUGGAUUCCUGCUGCUGGUCCCGGGAGUCUACCACGUGGUCUUCAUCUACUGCGGCGUCCGCGGCCACCGGGGCUUCCAGUUCUUCUACCUGCCCUACUUCGAGAAGUGAACUGAGCUGUAUGUGGGGGCCCACGCCCCACCCCGGCUCGCGCCUCCUCAUCUUGAGGGAAAUACUCCAAGACUCCCAUCACCCCCUUCGGACUUUGCUCAGGAAGUUUGAGGGUGCAGGUUCCCACGGGCCCCUGGAACUAGGCAAAGGCGCCCGCCCCACCACCUAAGCCAUCUCCGCUCUGUGCCUUAACUUAUUCCCGCCUGGGGACUGCGGGGUGGUGUCUUUGUGUUAAUAAAGGGGACGUUAUUUCCAGAAAAA